AUGUUGUACCUUGUACUCGCUUUCUCCGUUCCGGGCUACCUUAUAGCCCUCACAUGCUACAAUCUCUUUUUCCAUCCUCUCCGCAGCUUCCCCGGACCACCACUUGCAAAAGUCUCCAAACUAUGGAACAGGAUUGGGAAUCGGACUGGCCGAAAGUCUGACCGAAUUCACGAAGCUCAUCUCAAGUAUGGACCGGUAGUGCGAAUUGGGCCAAACGAGUUGUCGUUCGCUGAACCCGCCGCUGCACGAGCUAUUUACACAUCGCUUGAAUUGGUCAAAGAGGAAACCUUCUACCGGGCGAAGACUGUUUUUCAUGAGAACCAUCUUUUCUCCACUCGGGAUGUGCAGGCGCAUCGGCAGCGACGGAAGCUUUUCGCGCGGGGAUAUUCGCAGGCAGCCAUGCUAGAGUUCGAGCCUCAUAUCUCCAACAAGAUUGAUAUGGUUCUCAAACAAUGGAAGGCACGGUCAGCUGAUGGUCCUAUUGAUGUUUACCCCUGGCUCCAUUGGCUUGCCUUUGAUGUGGUGUACCACCUGAUGUUCGAUGAUGAUCCAGGCCAAGUUACUUCGGGAAAAAGCCAUGAGGUAAUGGCCUAUCUUCAGGCUUGGAAGCCGACCUAUAUCUACAAAGAGUUCCUCCCACAAUUAGACCGAUGGGGAGUAUAUGUUCCAGGGUAUGUGGGUGACUACUUCAGGAAGGUCCAGGCCUGGAAGAACUAUUCGGUCAAUUUGAUUAAGAGGAGCCGUGAAAGGGGCACUAAGACUCCGUUUCUACGAGCGGCACUGAAUGGUGACGAGGAUGCCUUUCUCGGAAGACCCUUGACCAACUCGGAGUUGGCAGAGGAAUGCAUGGGCGGGAUGUUCGCAGGAAGCGGCACCACCGCUAAUACGUUCACAUUUCUUCUCUGGGCAUGUCUGCGUAAGCCAGAUGUUGUGGCCCGGCUCAAGGCGGAAUUGAGAGAAGCGUUCCCAGAUGCUACUAUUGUUCCGGACCAUCGGACUUGCUCUUCUUUGCCGUAUCUUCAAGCGGUUAUUUCAGAGACAUUCCGUCGCUAUCCCGCUGCUAUUGCCAUCCUACCUCGCACCGUAGUCAAGGACACAACUAUUGCAGGUGUACCAAUUCCCAAAGGGACAGUUGUGGGCGCACAAAAUCGGACAAUUCAUUUCGACGAAAAGGCUUUCCCUGACGCUCAAGAAUUUCGACCUGAGCGCUGGCUAGAGAUGGAGAAUGAGGCGUUGCAGAAGGAGGCUUUGGCGCCAUUUUCCAUGGGCCCCAGAAAAUGCAUAGGUCUCAACUUGGCUCAAAUGGAGCUCAAUAAAUUAGUUGCGGCUUUCUUCCUUCGAUUCGAUGGGGCGGUCGAUAGUAGCAUGACCGAGGAGGAUAUGCGUCUCUAUGAUACCUUCACUGCUUCACCCGCUGGAGGAAGGCUAUUGGUUCGCUUGCAUGGUUCGGUCUAG